AAAUUACGGUAACGGGCGAAUAGACUAACAUUAUUUACGCACCAGAUUAAAAGCAAAGAAGUAAUUAAUAUUUUGAUUCUGUGGUGUGCGAUUGUAAAACCUGUGUGAUUUCUGCGAAGCAAACUUUGAAAAUAAACAAAAUUUAUAUAUAUUUUUGAAAUGUUAGGACAGAAUUGCCUAAAAAAGCUAAAUCAAAACGGAAUAGUUCAGCCCCUUUUAACAGAUUUGUAUCAAAUAACAAUGGCUUACGCGUACUGGAAAUCGGGCAAAAUAGAUUCAAAGGCAGUGUUUGACUUAUUCUUUAGAAAAAAUCCAUUUAACGGGGAGUUCACAAUAUUUGCCGGGUUAGCGGAAUGUCUGAAAUUUUUGGAAAAGUUUUGUUAUUCGGAAAGUGAUAUUGAAUAUAUAAAACAAAUUUUGCCACAUUAUAUUGAAGAAGACUUUUUUGAUUAUCUCCGAUCUUUAUCUGCUAAGGAGGUGAAAGUUUUUGCUGUUGCAGAAGGUACUGUUGUCUUUCCAAGAAUUCCACUUUUAAGAAUUGAGGGGCCACUAAUUGUUACUCAGCUAGUUGAGACUACUUUAUUAACUUUGGUGAACUAUGCUAGCUUAAUGGCAACAAAUGCUGCGAGAUAUAGAAUGGCCGCUGGAAAACUUAAUCUUUUUGAGUUUGGCCUUAGGAGAGCACAGGGUCCAGAUGGUGGCCUGUCAGCUUCAAAAUAUUGUUAUAUUGGAGGUUUUGAUGGUACAAGCAAUGUCUUGGCAGGAAAACUGUUUAAUAUCCCAGUUAAAGGCACUCAUGCACAUGCUUAUGUUACCUCUUUUAGCACUUUAGGUGAACUAAAAUUCUCAGAUUUGGCACCCAAAAAUGGAGGUACACCUCAAAGUUUAUUGAAACUUGCUGUUUACAUGAGGAAACAAUUGAUCCCAUUAUUUAAUGUCCUUUUGUCAGAAGUGAGUGAUGGAGAACUUUCUGCAUUUGUAUCUUUUGCUAAUGCUUUUCCAGACAACUUUCUUGCUUUAGUAGAUACAUAUGAUGUAAUAAAAAGUGGACUAAUUAAUUUUUGUGCUACUGCUUUAGCCCUGGAUAGGUUGGGAUAUCAGGCAGUAGGAAUUAGGCUAGACAGUGGAGAUCUGGCCUAUCUAUCCAAUGUGGCAAGAGAUUAUUUUCGAAAUGUGGGUGAACACUUUAACAUUUCUUAUUUUAAAGAUCUUAAUAUAAUGGCCUCAAAUGAUAUAAACGAAGAAACUAUUCUUAGUUUAAAUGAUCAAGGUCACUCUAUUAACUCUUUUGGUAUAGGAACUCAUCUGGUAACAUGUCAAAAACAACCAGCUCUAGGCUGUGUAUAUAAAAUGGUUGAGUUAAAUGAAGAGCCACGUAUUAAAUUAAGUCAUGAUGUACAGAAAGUAACAAUUCCAGGAAGAAAAGAUGCCUAUAGAUUAUAUGGAGAAGCAGGAUAUGCAUUAAUUGACUUGCUGCAAAGAUCAACUGAACCAGCCCCAGUAGUUGGAGAAAAAGUUUUAUGCCGCCAUCCAUUUCAAGAAUCAAAGCGUGCAUUUGUCAUACCAUCCAAAGUUGAGAAGUUGUUAGAGUUAUGUUUUAAUAAUGGAGUAAUAUGCAAUUUGGGAGAAAAUCUUCAAGUGCUUCGAGAACAGGUAGCGGCAUCAUUACAGAUUUUGCGUCCGGAUAUUAAAAGGAACUUAAAUCCAACUCCUUAUAAAGUUGCAGUUAGUGACGACCUUUACCAAUUUUUGCACAUGUUGUGGUUAGAAAAUGCUCCUAUUGGUGAAUUAUCUUAAGUUUCGCUAAAAAUGUUUGCAAUUAAUGAUGGGUUUGUAAAAAAUAGCAAUUAAGGGUUAACAGUUCCUAUAAUUAAUUCAUAAAAACGUUUGACAGUUAGGAAACAGUUUAAGCCCAUUAGUAAAUUGCUAACUCUUAAUGUUGUGUUUAUGAACUCACCAUAGGUGAUAAUUGUAGAAGUUAAGAUUUUUUGACUUUUGAUACUUUUGUUUCUAUUUCUUGAAAGAAUUUUAUAUUAUUUAUACACUGUUAUUAAUUGACAUCUAACAUGUUAAUCAAACAUAUCUGUUUAAGAGACUAUGACUGUCUCUAUAUGUUUUAUUAUUUUCAGCAAAAAUAAGUACAAAAAUUUUGCAUUUUACUUCAUACUAAAUUGAAAUUAUUAGUUAAAUAACUUUGGUUAAAAGAAAUACUGCUUGUCCUAUUUAAAAAAAUGUAGUUCAUAAAUGUAAGCAAUAAAAAUAUAUUACAAUAUCAGAUGUGUAUAUAUACAUGUUCAUUUGCCAAAUUCUUUGACUGAAACAUCAUAAAUUUCAUUUUCAUGUACUCGAAAUAUCUAUUAAUAUUACACUUGAAUCUUUUAAAAUUUGUUACCAAUUUAUACAAACCAUUUAAUUUACAUAAGAUUUUGUA